GCUGAUUAAAAAUUGUAUAGAAUUUUAGGUUAUAAAACUGGCAAAAGUAUUAAAGUACAGAUUAAAGUAUACUCAACUGUUGUGGAUGAAAUUUAAUUUUGUCCACGUUUUCCAGUUUCCAGUGCUAUAUAAAAAGGUACUGUGUAAAUGAUUUAGCAAUAACAAACUAGAUAAAAUGUCUAAAGUAAAUCAUACAUUGCCUCCAAAAUAUGGACUUAAGUUAAGUUUAGAUUAUGUUUAUCCAGAGAAGAGGAAUCAGGACUAUAGACCUAGUCUAAGAGUUAUUUGGAGUAUAUUACCCCUUAUAUUAAGGUAUAUAUUGUUCUACAUAAAAUCAAAGUGGAAAGGCCAUAAGGUUGUUAUGGAUUACAUUUUCCCAAGAAAACCGGAACAAAUUUAUGGAGUUCCAAUUGGUGGUAUUGGUUGUGGCACCAUAGGACGGGGUUACAAAGGACAGUUUUGUAGAUUUCAGCUGAAACCAGGAAUUUAUGAAUGGAACACAGUUGACGCCGAUGACUUUCUUGUAGUCAUUAAAGAUGAAAAAGGUUUUACACUAUUUGAGAGUUGGCUCUCUACAUAUAGGAAAAGGAGUUUAUCCUCUUGUAUUAGUAAAAUUCCCGAAUAUAAAAUUAAAUAUACUGGCUUAUACCCCAGAUCGUGGACAGAAUAUGACCUCACUGAAUAUGGUGGUGUUAAACUUAUAUGUAGACAGAUUAGUCCUGUUAUUCCACAUAACUAUAAGGAUAGUGCCUUACCUUGUGCUGUAUUUGUAUGGACAGUGGAAAAUGUUUGCGAUAGUGAUAGAACUGUGACAAUUGCUUUCACUUUCAAAAAUGGAACAGGCAGUAAAGAUGAUAAAAAAUCUGCUUGUAGUUCCAAAAUAUUUUCAUAUGAGAAUACAGAGGGUGUGAUCCUUUACCAUAUGAUAGAUAAAAUGCCUUGUGCCUAUGCCCUCGCAGCGAAAACCACCAAGGAUGUAUCUAUAUCGAAAUGUUUAUAUUUUGAUCCUAAAUCCGACGGAUUUGAUGAUUUAUGGUUUCCCCUGGCUGAAAACGGAGAGUUCGAUAAACCAAAGAAGUCCACUUAUGUUUCAGUACUAGUUAGUGUAGUUAUAUGUAUAGUUAUUACAAGUUUAAAGAAAAUGCCAUCAACAAGAAAUACUCCUGAAAUAAUCAAUAAAAGUGUUGUAGCACGUGUUGAGAAACUUGAAGAAGCUUUACAACAAGGUAUGAAGGAUCUAAGAUCUCAAGUAACCAGUAAUAUCUCAGCUUCAGGCAAUGUUUACAACGAGAUGGGGUGUGGAAUCGCAGCAAAAAUGCGAGUACCUGCUAAUCAAACCAAAGAAGUUGAUAUGAGUCUAGUUUGGGACAUGCCUACAAUUAGCUUUCCUAACCAUAAAAAAACUUACGACAAGUUUUAUACUAAACAUAAACUUCCUGAUUGGUAUAAAGGAGCUCUAUUCAACGAAACAUAUUUCGUAAGUGAUGGUGGAAGUUUGUGGUUAUGUCUAAACGAAGAGGAAAAGAAACGAUUGGCAAGCAAUGAUAAUGAUCCAAGGAAUGCAUAUGGUCAUUUUGCGUAUUUAGAAGGCCAGGAAUAUAUAAUGUACAAUUCGUAUGAUGUCCACUUCUACGCAUCGCACGCUUUAUAUAAAAAUUGGCCUAUGCUUCAGAAAUGCUUGCAGUAUGAUUUAAGAGAUUUCAUCUCCUUGGAAAUUAAUGAUCCCCUUAAAGUCCUAUAUAAUGGACAUAUAGUGGAAAGAAAGUAUCCGAAUACUGUUCCUCAUGAUGCAGGAAGUCCUGGUGAAGAACCAUUAGCCCUUAUCAACGCUUACCCAAUCCAUGAUGUUAGUUCUUGGAGAGAUCUGAAUUCCAAAUUUAUUCUGCAAACGUUUAGAGAUGCAUACGGUUCUUCUCCGAGUAAACCGGACUUACAAUAUUUGGAAGACAUGUACUCUACGUGUUAUACUAUUAUUCAAAAGUGUAUUAAGCACGAAAUAAACGAAGAUGGUCUAAUUGAAAACGGUGGUAUACCGGACCAAACGUAUGACUCUUGGACGAUGUCAGGUGUCAGUGCCUAUUGUGGCGGUUUAUGGCUGUGUGCUCUCAAAGGAAUGUCUAUAAUGGCCGCACAACUUGGAAAAGAAAAAGACGCACAAUCAUUUCAAAGUAUAUUAAAUAAAGCCAAACCAGCUUUCGAGAAAAAAUUAUGGAAUGGAAAAUAUUACAAUUUUGAUUGUUCCGAAAGUCAAUCGAAGUCGGUAAUGGCGGAUCAGCUUUGUGGCCAUUGGUAUUUAGGUUGUUCUGGAUUGAAAACAUAUGAUGUUUUUCCAGAAGAUAAUGUUAAAACAACUUUGAAAACUAUAUAUAAGAGCAAUGUUCAACUCUUCUGUGAUGGGAAUAUGGGUGCCGUCAAUGGUACAAUAGAUGGAAAAGUAGAUGAGUCUUCGGUGCAGAGUGUGGAAGUAUGGACAGGUGUUACGUAUGCUCUUGCUGCCACUAUGAUAUUAGAGGGCAUGGUCGAGGAAGGAUUCAAGACAGCGGGAGGAAUGUACAAUUCCAUGACUAAAAAGUUCGGGAUGGCUUUCGACACCCCUGAAGCUCUAUAUGAUAAAAAAUAUAUUAGAGCCGUAGCAUAUAUGAGACCAUUAAGUAUUUGGUCGAUGCAAACGGCAUGGGAGAUGUUUAAUAAUCGUUAAAUUGUAUGUUGAUUUUAUAUUAAAAUUUAUUUACAUAACAAGUAUUAUGUACACAUAACAAAUAUUUAAUCGUUAUAAUAAAAAAUCAUAAAUUUG